AUGGCAGGGAGCGAGAAUGGAAGUGAACGUUCGUUGGCUGGUGCAGGUAGAGUGGUGGGAGCGAGGAGUGCGAGUCCGGCAAAGAGGAGUGCUACGGCGAUGGAGGAAGGUGUUGUGGACUCAAUAAUGGACGAGAGCACGCCUCGCCCGGUGGAGGAUGAGCAAGAGCAAGAGACGGUCACACAUGUCGAGGAUACGGCAAUGUCGGGAAUGACGCCGGCGAGUGUUGCGUUGGAAACGCAGGAGAUGGACAUUAACAGUGCCUCUACUUCGACAAACGGCAAUGAUUCGACAAGCACGUCAGCAUCCAGCCUGUUGGAGGAGCGAGUUGAUGAACAGGUCGCGCAUGUUACAAGACUAGGGCAAGCACAGUUGGAUGAGGGCGUCAAAGGAGUCGUUGUGUCGUCAAAGUGGCUCGAGCGGGUCCUUUCACGAAGCACGGAAGGCUUGCAGAACCGCGAGUAUCCAAAAGAAGCCCGCGACGGACUCGUGGGACCUAUGGACAACUCUGACAUUGUUCCUGAAGGUGCUUUCGAGAAGCCCUACCUGAUGGAUGUGUCGAAGGAAGCUUUCAUUCCGCUCAAGCCUGGUCUCACCCUCAAUUCGGAGAUACAAAUCCUGCCCUUCGAUGCGUACGGCUACAUCAUCAGCGAAUAUGGCCACGUUCAUUCCAAGCCGAUCAUCCGGUAUGCACACAAUACUGCCAACUCCGGCAGCGACCAGCAAAACGUCGUCUACGAGCUAUACCCUCCUGUCGUCACCAUUCGCAAGGUCCCACGGCCAGAUUCACAAGCGGAGGCCGUCAAGCCGAAGUCUGGAACCGGAUCUCUGCCCGCGCUGAAAUUGAAAAAAGAAGCACGCGAUCGCAAGGAGGCUGAUGCUGUCCGUCUGGUCUCGUCCAAGAGUGAAAAGGUCCAAAACUUCCUUGCUAGGUGCAAGGAGGCAGCGGGCAUUUCUCGUGAGACCAAGGUCAAGGUAUUCCGCUUGAUUGAUCCAACAAUCCCUGCAGCCAAUCGCUCCGAUAGUGCUCCGUCUGGCGUCCCAUCGCCUCCCGAUUCGAGGAGUACUUCUCCCGCGAGUACAACUGGUAACGUUCCAAAGCUUAUUCUCGACUCGGAGACUUUCGGCAAGAUGAAGGGUGGUACGAAUCUUGAGCCUUUGGAAUUGAAGGAUCAGACUGGCAAUGUAAAUUUCAAUGGCGGCAGCAUGAAUGUGCAAAUGGCUGGUGUUCACGAAGACAUGACUCUGGUUUUGGAGGAGACCCUUGGCGGUAUCCGUGCAGGACAAUUCCAAUCCGAUGCGCAGAACAGCCUGAAGAUUCCGAAGUCGGCCGGCUCGUUGCCUGCCUCGACGACUGCCUCUGGUCGAACAAGUCCUGCACCCGAGCGCAUGAUGACACGAGGUCGAGCACGAAAGGAUGGACGACCGCCUGGCGUCGUUGGACUGCAGAACCUCGGUAAUACCUGUUACAUGAAUUCAGCUCUGCAAUGCAUUCGCAGCGUCGAGGAGCUCGCCAUCUUCUUCCUCACCAAGAAAUACAAGAAGGAGAUCAACAACGACAAUCCGCUUGGACAUCAUGGUCGCAUGGCAAAUGCGUACCACAGCGUAAUCGAGGGGAUCUACGGCAACAACAACAACAGUUCCUUCAGGCCGAGCCACUUCAAGACUGCUCUUGGAAAUGCACAGCCAAUGUUCUCUGGCUAUGGCCAGCAGGAUUCGCAGGAAUUCCUCAGCUUUCUGGUCGACGCACUUCACGAAGAUCUGAACCGCAUCAAGAAGAAGCCAUAUAUCGAGAAUCCGGACUCCAACGAUGCUACCGUUCACCUUCCGGAAGCCAUCAUUGAGCUAGGUGAGACGUACCGCAACAACCAUCGUCUACGAAACGACUCCGUCGCCAUGGAUCUUUUCAGCGGCUUCUACAAGAAUAAAAUGGAAUGCCCCAAAUGCGACAAAGUCAGCGUCACGUUCGAUCCUUACUCCCUCCUCACCGUCCAGCUCCCUGUCAAUGUCAGCUUCAACCAUACAGUCGUCUUCGUGCCCCUCCAGGGACCGCCUGUUCGCCAACGCGUGGACAUCGAUAACAACGCCACCGUCAAGGCGCUCAAGGAGUCCGUUGCCAGCAAGCACCCCGGUGUCGAGGCCAGCCGAACAACGGCAGUUGAAAUAUGGCAUAAAAAGGUCUACAAUGUGUUCGAUGAUCGGCUGAGCCUCCAAGAAGCAGCUAUCAAAAGCCACGAUGACAUCUUCAUUUACGAGCUUGACGGCGUGCCAACAAAUCCUGCCACGGCGGACAAGUACAGCUCCUACAUGAGCAAGCGCGAAAAGGUUCCGGCUGGUGGCAUGGAUGCGCCGCAAGCGGACUGCUUUGCUGUACCAAUCAUCCAUCGACUGCAGGGCUCCAGAAAUCCAUCAGAUGAGAUAAUGUAUCCGUUGUUCAUCACGGUCACGAGAGAAGAGGCGAAGGACUACGAUGUGAUUCUCAAGAAGACUCUGCAAGCAGUUGCGAACAUGACUACCCGACCCAUCUUGAAGGAGUUCACCGAGGCAUCAGUCGUGAAGAAGGAUGACAGCGAGGCCGAAAUGGUCGAUGCCGAGCCUGCUCCGAACGAGGACUCCGCCGGCGUCAGCGACCAUUCCGCGCAGUCAGAGGAUGGCUACGUCAAUGUGUCGCACGCUUCGGCGGCGACCGACUCCCAGAUCUUGACAAACGGCACCAGCGCCAUGCAGAUUGAUGAACCUGGCGAAGACGCUGGCGUGCCGCAUGGAUUCAUGGACCCGGAGUACUUCCUCUCUCCAGCUUUGCGAACUCAUCUUUUCGAGAUGAAAUAUUCGUCAAACAACAACGACAAUUUGUACCCAGGGAACAACACCUCUUACAAUAGCUAUGUCCAUCCUAUGGUUGGUCGUGUCAAAGCGCUUUCACGAAGGAGUUCGACGCAGUCGAGUCGGUCUGAUGAAACCUCUUCGACCACAAACGGCACCGCGAAGAGCGAGGAGAGCGAUGCGGAUGACGACGAGGAGCGACCAGACAUUGUUCUCGGUGAGACGAUCGUUCUUGACUGGAAGGCCGAAGCCGUAAACGCACUGUUCGAGGGCGGGGACAAUGAUGCAGACGGACUUCGCGGCCGUCGUACCAUGGAUGACGAAGGUAGGCACGGCCCUAUCUUCGAUGAUCCUGAGCUCGAGGCUCGUGUCGCUAAGCGCGCUCGACGCCACAAGCAUGGUGUUACUCUUGAGGAAUGCUUCGCGGAGACUGGCAAGCGCGAGGUUCUCUCCGAGGACAAUACAUGGUUUUGCAAUCGAUGCAAGGACCACCGUCGCGCGGCCAAGACGCUCGAGAUCUGGACGUUGCCGGACAUUCUGGUCGUUCACCUGAAGCGUUUCGGCGGCGGUCGUGGCUCCCGUGACAAGCUGGACAUCAACGUCGAAUUCCCGAUCGAAGGCCUGGACAUGACUGACAAGGUGGGUCUGAAGGAGGACGGCAAGGAAUACAUCUACGACCUCUUCGCCAUCGAUCUGCACUUCGGCGGCCUCGGAGGUGGCCACUACACUGCCAUGGCCAAGAAUUGGGAGACCGGCGAUUGGUAUGACUACAACGACGCCUCGUGCAGCAAGAUCACCGACCUCGAGCGACUGCAACAGUCCGCCGCCUACUUGCUCUUCUACCGUCGUCGCUCAAAUACGCCUCUCGGCAAUGCGGACUUGCAGGAACUUGUCAACAAGUACAAGAAUCCCUCGUCCGACGAUGAGGAGCUUGACGCGGGGGAAGGUCAGCUCGGCGGCCCAAUACGCUCAUCGCAUGGGCCGUCGAGCGGUUCACAAGUCGGAGUCGGAACCGCGGAUACGCCGAGGAGUCUACUGGGAACGUCACUCCUGGACGGAACGGCGGUCGGAGGUGGUGGAAUUGGGGCAGUCGAGAGGAAUCUGAAUCCGAGGAGGAUCACUAAUUUCAGCGCCGAUGACGCACUACCCUCGUACUCUGCUAGUGGCGCGACGUGGGGAUUUGACGGAUUGAGAACGGAUGCUGUUCUGGGUGGAGGAGCGGAAGGCGAUGAUGACGAUGAUGGAGCGAGCACGACUGCGCAGGGGUUCCGGGACAAUGAUUCUGGGAUGGGAGACGACACGCCUCCUUUGCUCACUGUUUCGGAUGGCGAGUGGAUUGACGACGACGCUUCCGAUGAAGUCGAGGAAAUGAGUCGGGACAUAUUCGACCCGCCGUCGCGGCGAGGCUCAGUGCUUGCCCGGGAGCUUGAGGCGGACUUCAGAGAGGCGGAUGAGCCGGAAGCGGUGGACAUCACGCUGCCCGGGCAGGAGGACCUGUACGAUUAA